AUGGCAGGAGGCAAGAACAGAGAAGAAAAGGAUGAGGAGCUUCAACAGAUGAUGAAUGGAGAGAAAUUCCCGUGUGCCUGUCCUCGCUGGUUAUGGGGAACAAAGGUCCAAGUACUGGUCUAUGACCCUGACUACAUGAAGAUGAUCCUGGGGAGACCAGACCCAAAGUCUCACAGUUCCUACAGAUUCCUGGUUCCCUGGAUUGGGUAUAGUUUGCUCCUGUUGAAUGGGCAGAUGUGGUUCCAGCACAGGCGGAUGCUGACCCCAGCCUUCCACUACGACAUCCUGAAGCCCUACGUUUGGCUCAUGGCCGACUCAGUCCGAGUGAUGCUGGACAAAUGGGAGGAGCUCAUCAGCCAGGACUCACAUCUGGAGAUCUUUGGACAUGUCUCCAUGAUGACCCUGGACACCAUCAUGAAGUGUGCCUUCAGCCACCAGAGCAGCGUCCAGACAGACAGGAACUCCCAAUCCUACAUCCAGGCCAUUGAGGACUUGAACAAUCUUUUUUUCCUGGCGAGGAAUGUCUUCUACCAGAAUGACAUCAUCUACAGGCUGACCCCUGAUGGACGCUGGAGCCACCAAGCCUGCCAGCUCGCCCAUCAACACACAGACCAAGUGAUCAAGCUGAGGAAGGCUCACCUACAGAAGGAGGGAGAGCUGGAGAAGGUCAGGAGGAAGAGGCACUUGGAUUUUCUGGACAUCCUCCUCUUUGCCAGAAUGGAGAAUGGGAGCAGCUUGUCUGACAAGGACCUCCAUGCGGAGGUGGAUACGUUCAUGUUUGAGGGCCACGACACCACAGCCAGCGGCAUCUCCUGGAUCCUCUAUGCUCUGGCCGCACACCCUGUGCACCAGCAGAGGUGCCUGGAGGAGAUCCAGAGCCUCCUGGGGGAUGGCGCCUCCAUCACCUGGGACCACCUGGACCAGAUGCCCUACACCACCAUGUGCAUCAAGGAGGCACUGCGACUCUAUCCACCAGCACCACGUGUCAGCAGAGAGCUCAGCAAGCCCUUCACCUUCCCUGACGGACGCUCCUUACCCAGAGGAAUCAUAAUCGGGCUCUCCUUUUAUGCCCUUCACCACAACCCAAAGGUGUGGCUGAACCCAGAGGUGUUUGAUCUUUCCCUGUUUGCACCAGGUUCUGCUCGACACAGCCACGCUUUCCUGCCUCUCUCAGGAGGACCAAGGGACUGCAUCGGGAAGCAGUUUGCCAUGACCGAGCUGAAGGUGGCCAUGGCCCUGACACUGCUCCGCUUUGAGCUGGCGCCGGAUCCCUCCAGAGUCCCUGCUCCCAUUCCAAGAAUUGUGUUGAAGUCCAAGAAUGGGAUCUACCUGUGUCUCAGGAAGCUCCUCUAACACUUUUUGGGGAC